UGUGUUGACUAGCAAUAGUCAAAAUCCGGCAAUCGUCACAAGCUGUGGCGCUGAGUACCUCAUGGCCUUUCCUGUUUGUGCUCUGGUUCAACGAAUACACGAGCAUUCACAAUGCCGGAUAUAGAAUCCUUCGAUGAUAUAGUGGUAACUACUACCUCCACUAUACCGGUAGCACUUUCUGCCGAGUUACCAGAAAUCAAAUUGUUUGGUCGCUGGAAUUGUGAUGAUGUACAAGUCAAUGAUAUGUCUUUGCAAGAUUACAUUGCUGUAAAAGAAAAAAAUGCUAAAUAUCUACCGCACUCUGCUGGCCGUUAUGCUGCUAAACGUUUUAGGAAAGCUCAAUGUCCUAUCGUAGAGCGCUUAACAAAUUCCUUGAUGAUGCAUGGAAGAAACAAUGGCAAGAAAUUAAUGGCUGUUAGAAUUGUCAAACACGCAUUUGAAAUUAUUCACCUUCUUACUGGUGAUAAUCCUUUGCAGGUUCUUGUCACAGCCAUUAUUAAUUCGGGACCAAGAGAAGACUCAACCCGUAUUGGUCGUGCUGGUACAGUAAGGAGACAAGCUGUAGAUGUUUCUCCAUUACGUCGUGUUAAUCAAGCUAUUUGGUUAUUGUGCACUGGUGCAAGAGAAGCAGCAUUCCGCAACAUAAAAACAAUCGCUGAAUGUUUAGCUGAUGAACUUAUCAAUGCUGCAAAAGGAUCAUCAAAUUCGUAUGCGAUAAAAAAGAAGGAUGAACUAGAACGUGUCGCAAAAUCUAAUCGAUAAGAACCAUAUAUUUAUUAAACAUUUAAAUAAAAAUCUUGAAUUAAUGAAA